AUGAAAGAAUUCCCUCGAAAGUUUCUCAGCUUGCGCGACAAGAAUGCAAUCCACCGUCGAAGCAAGUCCGUCCCGGCGGGACACAAGGACAAGGACAAGGCCCGCCCGCUCUCCGGAGAUGCUUUCCGAGCCAUGUUCAAGAUGGACGGCCACAAGCAAAACUUGAAAUCCGACGCCGACGACAACGGCCCCAAUCCCAGCAAGAUUGAACUUGUCCAGCACCACCUAGAGAAAAUGCACAUAUCAAACGUCACGGCCGAUUAUAUCAGGGACAUCAUGUCGACAAACCUUGCUCAAGACGACCCCGAGCAGACGGCCGAUUUUAUCAGGCUGGAACAAGAGUCCGCUUCGGGCAUCAUUUUCCCCUACGAUCCCACCGUGCACAUGCUUGGUGCUGAGAACCGAUGCAACGUCACAUGCUACCUAGAUUCGCUGCUCUUCGCCAUGUUCGCCAAACUCGACGCCUUUGAGUGUAUGCUCAAGUCAACCUUCCCAGCAGAUGACGCGAGACGGAAGCUCGCCACAUUGCUGCGUAUAUGGGUCAACAUGUUGCGAUCCGGGAAGCUCAUUCACACCGAUCUGACAAAAUUGAUCCAAGAAACACUGAGCGAUUGCGGUUGGCCCGAUGCCAAACUUUUGGAACAGCAGGAUACUUCCGAGGCCUUUGCUUUUCUCACCGAAACCUUGCAGCUUCCCCUCUUGUCAUUGCAGGUCGACCUAUUCCACCAAGGCAAAGGUGACAAGGACGAUCACAAGGUGGUAUACGAACGGUUAUUGAAUCUGGCUAUUCCCCCGGAUCCCGGGGGUAAGGGAAUUGACUUGGAGGACUGCCUGGAGGAAUACUUCAAUGCCAGAGUGGACGUUUCUCGAGAUCAUGAAGAAGCAAAGGUCACCAUGGACGAUAGGGGGGAUGCGUCGCCGCUCCUGAACCAGAACCAGGUCCGGCUCAUUCGCUCAGAAGAAGCGGGCGCAUCAUGCUCGAGUGCCUCGCCGGCUGACAUGACACCGUCACAGCAAUCUGUCGGCGACCCCUUGGCAACGUCCUCCGGGGCGUUGGCGUCGCAUAGCAUUCAUCGUGUCCAUCCCCAAGGCGGUCCGUCACUCGAGAACCGAUGUGCGGAGGGCGGCUCAUCCACCAGUUCCAGUGCCCGGAUGAGAUCUACCAGCGUUAUUCAGCGUGUCGUGGUGGACGAAGACGGCCGGCCCACAGGCACCGAGAGCGAAGUCAUGAAAAACCGCGCCAGGCGCAAUGGUUCAACCGUCGUCAAGGCUGUCACAAUUCCUGCAUGGCAGUUCUUCCGGCUCAUUCCGUGGCAUGCUUUGACGCCUAACGAGCCCAGAAGCGACUCCGAGGUGGCCUUGAAUUUCGACCAGAGACCAGUGGUUGGCAUCUGCCUCAAACGCUAUGCCAUGACAGAAGCUGGGCAACCACAGCGACAAAACACUUUUGUUGACGUUCCCGACAGUCUACGCUUGCCACAUUUCAUGCUUGUCGGUGGUCCCAAGUUGGAGGAAGACCUCUAUGGCCUGAGCACUGAAUACAAACUCGUGCUUCAGUCCGUGGUCUGCCAUCGAGGGGACUCGCUCCAUAGCGGCCACUACAUAUCCUUUGCGCGAGUUGCCCCCAAACUCCUGACUGGAAAUCGACGGCACAAUUUCGACCCUCCCCCGGAUUACGAGGAGGCGCAGUGGGUGAAGUUUGAUGAUCUCGAGACGCAAAGCCGCAUCACCUACGUCGAUGAUAUCAAGCAGGCGUUGAAGAACGAGAUGCCCUACCUCCUAUUCUACCAAAUUGUCCCCAUGGUCGACAUGCCCCGCGCGUCAACAGAAGGCACGGAGACAGAUCCUCCGUCGUAUAGUGAAUCCAAAACCAGCAUGGAGCCGAACGGCGACUUGUCGUCUUCUGCAUUCGGCCGCUUGCCGGGAAACCACAGGGACGAUCUCCACAGGGUCGACCUCGGUCAAAGGAGUAAACCUCCCAGUAUUCGACUAUCCGCGGACAUGGAUCGGCCGGCCAGAGAAACGCUUGAUCCUCCUUGGGUCACAUCCCACACGGGCUCUACGCCCAACGCCUCCCGCCGCGAAAGCAUGGCCAACACAGAGUCACCGGCCGUCACGCCCGGUGGCGCUUCGCCCGUCAUGACGCCCAGCGACGAGUCUGCCGUCUCAAGAUUAUCCCGCGCUGCGUCCCGCUUCACGCUAGGUCGACAGAGUCGGCCACCGAGCCAGUCCGGCGAGGGGCGAAUCAGUUUCUCCAUGGCCCGUUUGAGCGGGCUCAUGAAGGCCAGCAAGGAGCCGCUCAUCGAGCCGCCCGCGUCCAACGGAUUGCAACUCUCCGUUUCCAACUCUACAGGGCCAACUUCUGAAACCUCAGCCAAGGGCCUUGAUUCCCCUGUCGACGGAGACAGGCAUUACGUUCCGCCACAGACCCAGAAACACAAGCAUCGCGGAAAGGCCAAGGAUAAAGAAAAGGCAGAAAAGCACAAGACUGGGGACCAGCCCGAGCGAGAAUGCACAGUCAUGUGA